ACUGUAACACGGGCCGGAACAAAACGAACCGUUCGUGGAUAUUUCUCGCGGUCGAUUUCUUCGUGCGAAAAUUAUCUAUCCAUCUUCAAACCGUUUUGUAAUCUGUUAAGAUACAUUAGUGGAUUUCAGUUUAAGUGAAGAGAAAAAGAAGGGAAGCAGAACGCUGAAAACGGUUGAUUUCGGCGAGGAUCACCGGGAAAAAAUUGAUUGACAACGCCGUUUGAGGAAAUGAUUUUUACCCUAAGAUGAUCAUCACCAAUUAAAUAUUUUCUUUAAAUAAGAUAUCGUGGGAAGACAAAAAAAUCAAAGAUGUUGAAAUCGAUUAUCUUUACGAGAAAUCGCAGACAGGAAACGAUGGUGUUCACGCCUCGGUAAACUCGGGGGUAAAAGACGAGAAAUACACACCCUGCCAGGCUGCAAAAUGCGUCCGUUCCUUUUACUCUAUUCCCUUUUGGCUUUAACGAACUCGCGCUGGGCGUUCGUCUUGGACGGUUCCGCGAACUCCUACUCACAAUUCCGGAAAUGGGGUGGCGGAACAAACGGAAGUCUAGAGUUCGAGUUCAAGACUGACCAACCGAAUGGUCUCCUUCUAUACACCGACGACGGUGGCACGUACGAUUUCUUUGAGAUCAAACUGGUCGAAGGAGCCCUUCGAUUACGUUAUAAUUUGGGUGGAGGAGCUCAGAUAAUCACCGUUGGUCGUGAUUUAAAUGAUGGCCAUUGGCAUAAAGUUCAAGUGCAACGUCACGAUGAAAGAACAAUCCUCUCGGUGGAUGGAGUAUCGCAAAUGAGGACAACAAGAGGGAAGGAGUUUAAUUUUGGAAGAUUUUCAACAAAUUCCGACGUUUUCAUCGGAGGAAUGCCCGCUUGGUACAAUACGAAAUUAACAUUGUUGGCCUUACCGAGCGUUAUUUUCGAACCAAGAUUUAUUGGUUCGAUUAGAAACUUGGUUUAUCCGGAUGCUGAAGGGGGAUUACCCAGGAGGCAAGAAACGCGACCAAAAGAUCAUAGGUGUGAUGGCAAGGUUUUACCCAGCACUCAAGAGCUUUGUCUGCCCCAAACAAGGAUCUUGAAGGGUGGCAACAGCAGCGACGCCUGUGAAAUUCGAGAUCCGUGUCAACACGGGGGUAUUUGUAUAUCAACCGACAGCGGCCCCAUCUGUGAGUGCAGAAAUCCCGAUUACGAGGGAGAAUUUUGCGAGAAAGAUAAAGCGCCAUCAGAAGCAGUGUUUCGUGGUUCUGAAUUUCUUUCUUACGAUCAAACCGGAGGUGGGCCUAUUGUUAGCGCUCAAGAUUCUGUGACGUUGUACUUUAAAACGAGGCAAUCAAACGGUCUCCUAUUUUAUACAGGGGACGAGAUGGACUACUUAAACGUAGCCAUCAAGGAUGGUUGCUUAAGCUUAACAAUGGGCCUUGCAAACGGCAAGCAAGAAAUGCAAAUUAAGCCCAACAAAGUCCGCUUCGACGACAACCAGUGGCACAAAGUUAGCGUCCACAGGCGCAUACAGGAGAUUUCAGCUAUUACUAGUUUUUGCAGGCUUUCAGCAGUUGUAGAUGGCGUCUACGCCGACCGGUCUCACAUUGCCGGAAAGUUCACAAUGCUCAAGUCCAGCAAAAUACACGUGGGUGGAAGUAUAAAUACAAGAGCGUUGCCCGGAUCACGUGUGCAUACUAAUUUCAUCGGAUGUAUGAGAAAGGUGGAAUUCGUAGCAGACACAUUACGACUGAAUUUGUUGGAAAUGGGAAAAUCGAACAGCGACAUCAUAACGAUAUCGGGGCAAUUGGAAUGGAAGUGUCCGAUGGGUGAAACUCACGACCCCAUUACGUUUACAACAAGAGAAUCCCAUUUGGUGCUGCCAGCAUGGAACGCCAAGAAAUCGGGCAGCAUUUCGUUCAAGUUCCGGACAAACGAGGCGAAUGGGCUUAUCCUUUUCAACGGAGGAAUUCGACCGCCGAGGACUGACCUAUUUGCGAUUGAAAUUUAUAAUGGUCACAUUUAUGUUCAUCUGGAUUUGGGGUCAGGACCGACUAAACAACGUGGAUCGAAGAGGAGAGUUGAUGAUGGUCUCUGGCACGAAGCGACAUUCAAGAGGAAUUCACGAGAAGCAAGGAUAACGGUGGAUGGUUACCACACGGAUUUCAAGUGUCCUGUUUCAGAAGGCUCCAACAGCUUGGAGCUGGACGGAAGUAUGUACGUUGGCGGUCUCGGACCUCCUUUUUCUGACAUUCCCAUUCCCCCUGGUUUAUGGACGGCAGUUCUUCAACAAGGAUUUGUUGGUUGUCUUAUGGAUCUCAUCAUUAAUAAUGAACCCAUCGAGGUAGCUGCUUAUGCUCGAGAACAAGAUUCAGGCGCCAUUAAAACGUUAUGCCACGUGCAGCCUUUGCAGUGCCCUUCGCAACCCUGUUUAAACGGCGGUUCGUGUAGCGAAGGAUGGAAUCGUUUCGUUUGCGAUUGCACGGAUACCACAUUUGGAGGCCCCACAUGUGGUAAAGAAGCCCCAACGCUCAGUUUCAAUGGAUCCCAGCACAUGGCAGUAACAAUGGAUGCCGAUGUUGUUACGCAAACCGAGGAUAUUGUUUUGAGAUUUAGAACAAGCAAACCGCUUGGUCUUUUGUUGAUUACUAGUACUGUGGAGACUGGAGAUAGGAUUGAACUUGCCGUUGCUGCUAAUAGGAUUAGAUUAGCUUUACGAUUAGGCGUUAAAGAUAAAAAACAAGAGGAUCGAGAUAAAGAUAAGGUACUUUUAGCUGGCCAGAACGUAAACGAUAACGAAUGGCAUACAAUUCGUUUUUCAAGAAGAGGAGCAAACCUUAAACUACAAUUAGACAAUCAAAGUCCAUUACGCGAAAAUCUAACUUGCAUAGCCGAAACAUUCGGAAAACACAACACGCUUCAAUGGAGAACGAUUCACUUAGGUGGAUUAUACCAUCAGGAAGAAGAAAUCAGUAUGAGCACAACUAUGCCUAACUUUAUAGGGGAAAUUCAACAAUUUUACUUUAAUAAUAUCGCUUAUAUCGAAUUGGCGAAAUCAUCCAGUAGCGAACAACCAAUAUCCGGGUUUCCAAACAUUAAAUUAACAGCAAAAUUCGUUAAAAGAACUAACGACAACCUUCAUAAACCGGUCACUUUUAGAUCAAAACACACCUUCAUGGGUUUACCCAUGCUUCGUGCUUAUUCUAGCAUACACAUAGAUUUUAUGUUCAGAACUCGCGAAUCAAACGGUUUAAUUUUAUUUAACGGAGGACGUAAAGAAGACUUUAUUGCAGUGGAAUUGGUCGAAGGUCAUAUUCAUUAUGUCGUAAAUGUCGGGGAUGGAGCGAUUCAUUUAAAAGAUUCGUCAAAAUCACAUCUUAACGACAACAGGUGGCAUACUGUUGGAAUUCGAAGACCAUCCGCUAAACAACAUACAUUGAUGGUUGAUGAUGAUAUUUUUGUUACGACAAGUAAAGGUUCCGGUAAUUUGGAAUUGGAUGGCAUUCUUUAUCUUGGGGGUGUGCAUAAAGAUUUGUAUCCUCAAUUGCCACAGGAAGAUAUUAAAGCUAGACAUGGAUUUGAAGGUUGUAUUGCGGGUUUGGAUCUUAAUGGGGAAUCGCCGAAUAUUAUGGAAGAUGCUGUUGUGCAUAGUUCUUUGGUUACAGCUGGAUGUGAAAGUGCAUCUCAAAAAUGUAGUCAAAAUGUUUGCGCAAACGGUGGUGUUUGCGUUCAGCAAUGGAAUUCUUAUACUUGUGAUUGCGAAAUGACAACAUAUACAGGUCCAACAUGUUCUGAUGAAUCAAUUGCUUAUGAAUUUGGCCCAAACAGAGGAAUAAUCACGUACACUUUUCCUGAAGAUAGAAGACCUGAAAUGCAAGAAGAUACAAUUUCAUUAGGAUUCGUAACGACAAAAUCAGACGCCGUACUUUUAAGAAUAAUAAGCGGCACAUCAAAUGAUUACGUUGAAUUAGAAAUCGUUGAGGGCAACGUUUUUAUAGUAUACAAUUUAGGUACUAAUGACCACCCCCUAGGAGAAAUUUCAAUAAAAGUUAACGAUAACACAUAUCACGUUGUAAGAUUUAAAAGAAUUGGAUCAAAUUCAACUUUGCAAGUCGACGAUUAUAACGUCCAAUUUAGUUAUCCAAGUGGUCAUCAAUUACAAGUGUUUAACAGCCAAUCUCAAAUUCAAAUUGGUGGUAAAUGGAGUAAAGGAAAAUCAAGAAUUGAACGACCUUUUUCCGGUAUAAUAGCUGGAGUUGUAGUUAAUGGUAUGAGAAUACUUGAUUUAGCGGCUGAAAAAGAUAUUCACACCUCCAUUAGAGGAGAUGUACAAUUAAUGACUGGAAUUGGUAUCAUGGAAGUACAAGAACCGUUUCAAAAAAUGCAACAGACUCCUGCUUCUGGAUUUCCUGGUGUCAUGGAUGACUUAGUAUUUAGUGGAGCUGGCUCGGGAUGUAACAAUGAGGAUGAUGAAGACGAAUGUCCGCCUUUGCCAGAAAACGGUUCUGGAGAUGACGAUUUAAUAACUCCAGUUUAUGUUCCUUCAACUCGCCCCCCAGCCACAACAAAACCGGCUACAAAAAGUCCCGAAUCAAAUUGUGACGAUGAAGAUUGCGGAUUUGGUGGAUCCGGAUCAGGUGAACUUACAACUGAAGAAAAUAAAGAAACCACUGCUUCUGAAAAUUCAACACAACAAGGAAGCAGCACAAGCUUAGAUACAUCAUCAUCACUAUCAUCUUCAUCUUCCUCUUCAUCAUCUCAAACCACCGGAAGUGACUCAACUUCAAUAAGUACAUAUCCAACAGAUGGACCAUCGUCUCCAACGACAAACUUCCAGUCGUCGUCAUCAUUGAAUCCAUCAUCAUCCGGGACGAGUUCUUCCUCCACUUCAUCAACCACUUCAACAACAGUAACCGAACCAUCUGUAACAACACCGACAACUUACCGAAUUCCAGAACCUACCAUAAGAACCAUGCCUGAAUACAUUCCAAAUACAAGACCAACAAAGAAACCCGAAAGAAUUCAUUCAGAAAUGUCCGAAAUCGUAGCUUUAAUAAUCGGAAUAAUAGCUGGCGCCCUUAUAGCAGUUAUCCUAAUUAUUUUAGUGAUAUUAAAAUUUAAAUCGAGGAGCGAUAGAUCAUAUAAAGUCGACGAUGGGAAAGGUUAUCAACAAGGACCGAACGCUUCUUUAUUAGGAGCCACAAGUAGCACAACUGUACAAACUCAAUAUCAAGUGAAUGGAGCCCUUAGAAAUGGUGCGGAGAAAAAUGGUCAAAUGCAAAAGAAGAAACGCGAAAGUAAAGAUAUUAAAGAGUGGUACGUUUAGAAUUUGAAUCGAACGGUUCGGUUUCUAAUUUAUUGUUAUUGGAUGACUGUGACUCCGAGCCAUUAAAAAAAAAGUUCUUAUUUUCGGGUUUAAUUGUCCCGGUAUUUAAACUAAAAAAGUGAUAAAAAUACGUUUCGUGUUAAUCUUCAGACUAUUUCUCGAGGACGAUUGAUUCUCGACGUGAAAACAUCCCCUUAUUAAUAGUAUGCGUUUGAAUGUACGAUUUAAUUAUUCCCUUUUAUUGAUUAGAUUGCUCACAACAAGUUAUAUAUUAUAACACGUGUGUACAGAAGAAUCUUCCGUACUCUUGUACUAUUUACAAUAAAAAAUUUAUUAUUAGUUGUGUAGGUUCGUAUGGCUGGAAUCUUUCGAUGAGAAAUUGAUGUAUAUCGAUAACUUGUAAUAUGCGUCACCUUUCCGCAAUCAAACAUGCACUUAACGUUUGAUAUCAUCUUCUAACACGGCGAUGUGAUGGAGAUAAAAUAACAUGAUUUAACAAAGUUAACAGCAAAACAAACGGAUAAACUGUAAGCCUUAAUACUUACUAAUAAUAAUAAGGAAUUAUUAUGUAAUUGCAUUAUUAGGUAUGUAUAAACUGAUGUUGCCUGUAAAUAAUAAAUAACAAUAAUAUUAAUGGAAUUAAGUUUAUAAUUUAAAUUACAACAAUCCAUCUAAGACAUAAUAAUAAUAUUUAAUUUAUGGUUCACUCUCAAUUUAUACACACCUUAAUAAUAUAUAAACAUCAUUAAUACACCCCCAAAGCCGAAGUUGAUAAAAUUAACUUAAUAAAUCGACAUGUAGUGUUACAUUUCAAGAUAAAAUAUAAAAUUGCACACAUCAUUUAAUUAAAAUCUAAGCUUAGUUGUAUUUGAUUUUAAGAAAAAGUUACUUGUUAAGAAGUUAAACGCAUAAUUUCGCAAAUUACAAUCUACAAACUAAUAAAAACGGAUUCACAAAAAAAUCAUUUAAUAAAAAUGAAUUAAUAGCUUAAGACUGUUGAAAUCAUAUCAUAUUUUGAUCGCAAUAAAAAAAAAAUAAGAAAAAAAACUAUUUAAAAAAAUCUAAAUCACCAUUCAUCGCCAGCGUAAAUUCUCUCGCUAAAAGAAGAAACGAAACGAUUUUUUUAAAUAAAAAUCGAUCGCGUUUAGUAACCGGUAUUUUUCUAUAAAUAAGUUUCCUUUUUCGAGUAUACAUAUUAUACAUACUUAGAUAGUGAAUUUAACCGACAUUAUAUUCACUAAGAAAUAGCAAUAUUGGUCAUAGCGCGCUGUUAAACGUAUACAUAUAUGAUGAGAAGGCCGUUUAGUUCUCGACUACUUAGUCGUUACAAUUCUUGUGUAUAAAGUAUACGUAGUUGUAGCGUUUUAUAUUAUACUUUUUGAAUUUUGUUAGAGUUAAAAUAAAAUGACGUAUAUUUGAAUGUUAA